AUGUUCAAAGGAAUCAAGAAUGUGAUACCGACGAAGUGGACCCCACAAGGCGAUCUGUUAGCUGAUGCUCGUCUGACGCUUUUCGUCACUCACGGUGGCGCAAACAGUAUGAUGGAAACGGCAAUCCGCGGGAAGCCGGUGAUCACUAUUCCAUUGUUCGCUGAUCAGAGCAAAAAUGCAAAGCUGAUGAGUAAAUAUGGAUUCGGUAAGUAA